AUGACUACAGCAGCAAAGAGAGCUACAAGUUGCAAUCAUGAUGAUGAGGGGGAGACGCAGCUGAAUUCAAAAAAGAGAACAAAUACCGCUUUCAGCAAAGAAGAUAUAAGCUCAUUCUUUAACCACAAAGUAUGGAACACCAAGUUUCAAGACUCAGUUAAGGAUCAAGUCAGCCACAGCUCACCCUACAAAUGGGGCACCAUCAAGAACCUCAUGGACGACACGCUCUUGCGCCAAGUGCGCAAAGAAGUCUUGUCGGAAAUAGCGUUCACCAAAAAGGAAACCGACAUCUACAAAGUCUACCAGCUGGGAGACCUCGCUAAUCUAUCAGGAUUAGACUGGGACGAUCUAUCGCGUCUACCUUCACUUUAUAAGUUACGAGCAGCGAUAUACUCCCAGGAGUUCCGCGACGUGAUAUCCAAGAUCACGGGAUGCGGCAAAUUGAGCGGUGUCAAAACCGACAUGUCCGUCAACACCUAUACCAAAGGGUGUCAUUUGCUAACUCACGACGAUGUCAUUGGGAGCAGGCGGGUGAGCUUCAUCUUGUACUUGCCUGAGCCGGAUAAAGUCUGGAAACCGCAGUACGGAGGCGCAUUGAGGCUUUUCCCAGCUGUUGUCCCCAACGUGCCUCACACGGACCACGAGUGCAAGUUAGUGCCGCAGUUUAACCAGAUUGCAUUUUUCACGGUGCAGCCGGGACUCAGUUUCCACGACGUGGAAGAAGUCAGAGAGGAUAGACACAGGCUAUCGAUCCAGGGCUGGUUCCAUAUCCCUCAGCCUGGCGAAGACGGGUUUGUCGAGGGAGAACAGGAAAAGACGGAGGCAUUGUCGACGUUGAAGCAGUUGCAAAGUAAGGAGUUGCAAAAUUACGACUCGCCAAAGAAUGUGCGGUCUGACGUCAGCAAGGACAAUUUGCAGUUGAUUGAAUCGUGUGACAAGCUCUCCCAGAGCGACGUGGAGUAUUUGCGAAAAUAUCUCAACCCCGUCUAUUUGGAGAAGGACGUGGUUUACAAGAAGCUCACCGAGGCAUUUAUCGAGGACUCCUUUGUUGAAAUCAACGAGGUGUUGAACAACGAGUUUGCUGCUAGUUUGAGACGAUUGUUGCGAGACGAAGAGAUCAACAAACCUACGCCUCAACACUCGAGCCAAGUGCAAAACCCAUGGAGCGUAGCUGUGCCCCCACAUAAGCAAAGGUUCUUGUACAUUGAACACCCACACCCACAAGCAGCCCAACUACCACAGACUCAAACCGAGACGUCGUCAGCCGACACCAAACUCUUGGAACUAGCCGCGUUCCUUGCAUCCACUGAGUUUAAGAAAUGGCUCAAGCUAAUCACGGAAUUGGUGCCCACGUCAGAAAACAUCCUCAUACGAAGGUUUAGACCCGGCAACGACUUUAUCCUAGCCACCACCACGGAGCUGCAGGUGGCGCGCGAGAACAGCGAGGAUGAAAACGUCUUGCUUGAAGCAACAUUGAACCUCACGCCCACGGCAGACAAUAGAAGUAAUUGGCUGUCGGGAGAGUUUGGAGGCUAUGAACUAUGCAUGAUGCAACCUGGCAACGACAAAGACAAAGACAAAAACAAAGGCGGAGAAGGCGGAAAAGGCGAAGAUGGCGAAGAGGAAGACGAAGCGGAUGAUCCUGCGAUUUAUAGAUCUAGCAAGGGGGAUGACGAUGAUAGCAUGUUGUACACCAGUCAAUGCAAAUGGAAUUCACUUACGCUCAUGGUGCGUGAUCCUUCCAUCUUGAAGUUUGUCAAGUAUGUGAGUAUUAACGCUAAGGGUUCGAGAUGGGAUAUUAGCUGUCAGUGGAAUGUGAAAAGCUUGGAAGAGGAAGACGAGGAGGACGAGGAUGAAAAUGAGAAUGAAAAUGAAACGAAAUAG